AUGGAAAAAGGGCUGAAAAGCGGUGGCCCAACCUUAUGCAAAUGGGUGGGCCACGCUGGGGAAGCCAGCCUCGGGCCGGCCUUGUCAGCCGAUUGGAUAAGCAGCAAGCGGCCAGGGAUAGCGAUCCCCAGCCAGCAUCCAUCCCCAAUCCCCACUACCGACGCGGGCGGCGACUGCCAUGGCCGGUCGGCCGUUUCUCCGGCAACUCGUGGAGAGACCACGACCCGGGCGGAGUGCCGCCGAGCCUCGCGUUGGAGGCCGGAGAAGGCUGCGCCAGAGAACUCCGUGGAGGGCGUGCCGGCCCGAUUGGGCACAGGCGAAGACGCCCACGGCCGGUCGGCCGCACCACCGGCGGCAAGAGGAUCUCCCGCCCCGCCCGUCCUCGAAGUAGGGGCGACGCCGUUGGAGGCGCCAUUCAAGAGCCCGAGUGCCUCUGGGCUCCAUGUGCCAGAGCGACUGGAGCGCGGCGCAUGGCGCAAUGCGGGCGGCAGCCGGGCGCGGGGCGCGACGCGACGCGGACCGGCGCGGGCGCUCCACACGGGCGAGCGCGACGCAGUGACUGCAUCCAACGGCGCGGGCGGACGCAGCGCGGUGGCCACGCCCUGCGGCGCAGUGGCCGUUCUGUCCCGUGAAGGAGCAGCCAAGGCGCAUGGUUGGGGCACCGCUAGGGAUGUUGACGAAAAACAGCAGCAGUUGCCGCUCGAUCCGGUGCAAGAGGAAUUGAAGAACGCAUGGUUUUUUUGGAGGAGCUUAUCAAGAUGAUGGUCACUCAUAAGGUGAAGCGAUGAUUAAGGGAGUGUUAAGACUAAUUAAUCCAUGCAAUUAAUUAGGGGAAUCCCCGUUCCCCACAUGCAGUUCCGCUCAACCGCAUGGCGUUUACUUCCCGAUCGCGUCCCUACAAACCGACGCCUCCUAGAGGCGUCUCCUCAACAUGUAUAUAAUCUAUGACAAUCAUCAAUAAAGGAAUGGAUUUCACUUUACAUCUCUUGUGGACA